UUAUGGGUUCCAAACCUUAUUCAUUCUCUGCUUUUGCCUUCUUCCUCUCCUUCAAUCUUCUCUUCUCCACGCUCAUCACAACACCUUCUGCUACAGAUUCACCCUCCAACCCACCACCCAUUCUUCCACCUCUAACUCCGGCUGGAGAAUCCGUUCUUCCUCCUCUAACUCCGCCGGUGUCUCCUGGCGCCGAUGAAAAAUGUGGUGAAGAUGGUAUUAAGAUAAGCAUGUGCGCAAUGUUGCUGGACUGGGAUUUGCUCAAAGUGAUUGCUGGGGGCGGAGCACCUGUAACACCUUGUUGCAGCCUCAUGGAAGGCCUUGCUGACUAUGAAGCCGCUGCCUGCCUUUGCGCCGCCAUCAAGGCCAGCGUCUUGGGCGAUGGUUUUGUGCAUAUACCAAUUUCAUUCACUUUGCUCCUUAUUAAUUGUGGUGGAAAAAAAGCACAAGGUUUCGAGUGUUUUUGAGUUCAUUCACUUUUUAUUUCCUUCUGAUGUUAU